GCUGUCGGAACAUGAACUGGAUUCCAAUUAGGCGGCUCUUAUCACUCAUUCCAAGUCUCAACCCAAACCUUCCUUUCCCUGUUCCUUCCCCUCAUGCAUCCAAAAAUUCGACCUCUCUGUUAACCGACCGCGUUUUCACCCUCUUUUAUUUUAUCCCACGACUGCUCAUUGAUUUUAUCAAAAAAAAGUUUCCCCUUUUCAGGUUUCGUCCCCCUUCUAUUACUGCCCAAUUGCUGGAAACUUCAAUCUUUUCCCAGUUUUUGUGGAUUUUUGCUCUAAAUCAAGUCCUAAAAGAGUUUAUAAGCGGCGAAUAAAAUAGACGUUUAUUGAAUCCACCAAGAUUGGAUUUUUUGAGAUCCUGGUGAAUUUUGUCCUAAGAAGUGCGGAGCUGGUUUCAUGGCCGCAGAGAGUCGGCGGUAUGGUCUUAAUGCUCAAUUAGAUAUUGAGCAGAUACUGUUAGAAGCACAACAUCGCUGGCUACGCCCAGCUGAAAUAUGUGAAAUACUCUCAAAUUACCAGAAUUUUCGGAUCGCUCCAGAGUCUCCAAACAGGCCUCCAAGUGGUUCACUAUUUCUUUUCGAUCGUAAGGUGUUACGAUAUUUUCGGAAAGAUGGGCAUAACUGGAGAAAGAAAAAGGACGGGAAGACUGUGAAGGAAGCUCACGAAAAGCUGAAGGCAGGAAGCAUUGAUGUCUUGCACUGCUAUUAUGCUCAUGGUGAAGAGAAUGAAAACUUCCAGAGGCGCAGCUACUGGUUGCUUGAGGAAGAGCGGUCAAACAUUGUUCUAGUGCACUACCGGGAAGUAAAGGGUAGCCGGAUGAACUAUAGCCGUGCUAGAGAAUCUCAUUUAGCUAUUCCCGCUUUUCCAGAUGGUGAAGAAGACGUGAACAGCUCUGAAGUGAGCACUACACUUUCUUCAAAACCCCAACAAUAUGAUUACCUAGCAACAUCACAUGUUACAGAUACGGCUAGCCUUAACAGUGCUCAAGCCCCAGAUUAUGAAGAUGCUGAAUCAGCAGUGCACAAUCGACAAUCAACUUCUGGGAUGCACUCUUUUACUGAAUUUCAAGCAAAUAUGUCCCCCAAGGUUGAAGAUGGACUUUCUGCUCCUUAUUAUCCAGUCUAUAUCUCAAAUGAUCAUCAAGGCUAUUUUCCAGCUGUUUCUGGUAUGAACUUCCCUUCAAACGCACAUGAAAACCACAACAGGAGUACUGCAAAUGCAUAUAUGCCUGAUUUGCCAUCAUGGGAUAAUAUAUUAGAAAAGAGUACUGCAACUUAUGGAUAUGUACCAUUUCAAACGUCACUUUCCCCAUCUCAGUCUCCAAUAAGCAAGAUGAAUGGGCAAGGGAGUUCUAUGAUUGGCUUCACAAAUGCCCUAGAAGAAUGGGAGGCACCUAAAGGUGCAUCAUUCAAACUGUCAAAGUGGUUAGUGGAUCCGAAGAUUGAACCGAGCCAAGGAUUUGAGUUCACUAGCAAGUUACAUACACAAGAGAACUAUGGUGAGAGCAUUCUUAAAGCUGCCGAGUUAGAUGGCAGGCUUAAUGUGGAAAGCAAAAUUGACAAUUUUGGUUUGAAGCAACCUUUGUUAGACAGUGUUCUAAGACAAGGGCUGAAGAAGCUUGAUAGCUUUGACCGUUGGAUAAGUAAGGAGCUUGAAGAUGUAAAUGAGGAGCCACAUAUGCAAUCAUGUUCUGGAAGUUAUUGGGAAAAUGCUGGAAAUGGAGAUGGAGUAGAUGAAUCCGCAAUUGCUUCUCAGGUGCAGUUAGACAUGUAUGUCCUUAGCCCGUCAUUGUCGCAAGAUCAGUUCUUUAGCAUUAUUGAUUUCUCACCAACUUGGGUGUACGCUGGAACAGAGACCAAGGUUCUAAUCACUGGAAAUUUCUUAGUUCCUCGUCCAGAGGUGGAGAAGUAUAAGUGGGCGUGCAUGUUUGGAGAUUUGGAAGUUCCCGUUGAGGUCAUUGAAGACGGGGUUCUUCGUUGCCACACGCCUUUCCAAAAUCCCGGGAGGGUUCCAUUUUACAUAACGCGUUGCAAUAGGUUAGCAUGUAGCGAAGUGAGAGAAUUUGAAUUCAGGGUUGGUGAAGUUCAAGAUCUCGAGGUGUAUGGAAAUGAUGGUGGGUCCAGUGAAGAAAGUCUUCUUCACAUGAGAUUCGUGAAACUUUUAUCUCUGGAGUGUGCUGGGUCCCGCAACCCCAUUCCUAAUAGCAAUGCAGAAGAUAUCUCUCGCGUAAUAAAAAAAAUCAAUUCUUUGUUAAAAGAGGAUAGCAGUGAUUGGGAAAACAUGUUGCAUUUCACUGCGGGAGACAUGUACUUAACGGAGACAGUAAAAGACCAGCUGUUACGGAAGCUGCUAAAGGAGAAUUUGAGAAAUUGGCUCAUUCAAAAGGUGGGUGAAGGUGAGAAAGGUGCUAAUGUAGUUGAUGAGAGUGGUCAAGGAGUUCUUCAUUUUGCAGCGGCUCUUGAUUAUGAUUGGGUUGUACCGCCAACUUUAGCUGCAGGUGUAAAUGUUAAUUUUAGAGAUGUGAAUGGAUGGACAGCACUUCAUUGGGCAGCAGUAUAUGGAAGAGAACGAAUGGUGGGUUGCCUAAUCUCUUUAGGAGCUGCCCCGGGAGCUUUGACAGAUCCUACCCCUCAACACCCUUCUGGCAGAACACCUGCUGACCUGGCAUCCGCCAGCGGGCAUAAGGGAAUCGCUGGUUACCUGGCAGAGUCUGCCUUAAGCACCCACCUCGGUUUCCUCAAAUUGAAGGAGCACAAGGAGGACACUAACACUGAAGUCGUUGGGUCUUUCCACGUUCCAAACAGAACCUUGGAUUGUAAUGCAGUGCAAAUGGUUUCUGAGCGUAUUGCUACUCCGGUCCGUGAUGGAGAUUUACAGGAUGGACUCUCACUGAAGGACUCACUGGCAGCGGUUCGUAAUGCGACCCAAGCUGCUGCACAGAUUCAACAAGUGUACAGGGUGGAGUCGUUCCAGAGGAAACAGAUGAUAAAUUAUGGUGAAGGUGGUGAGCUCUCUGAUGAGGCGCAUGCUGUUUCUUCACUUGUUGGUGUGAAGAGGGCAGGUAAACACUAUGACGAACCAUCCCAUGCUGCUGCUGCCAUAAGGAUACAAAACAAGUACCGCAGUUAUAAGGGAAGAAAACAGUUUCUUCUGAUUCGGCAACGUAUCAUCAAAAUUCAGGCUCAUGUAAGAGGGCAUCAAGUGAGGAAGAACUACGGGAAGAUAAUAUGGUCUGUUGGAAUACUAGAGAAGGUAAUCCUGAGAUGGAGACGAAAAGGAAGCGGCUUACGCGGUUUUAAACCAGAAACAAGCCUCUCUGAAGGUGGCGGCAGCCCUAGCACGGUCAACCAACCCGUGCAAGAGGAUGACGAGUAUGAUUUCCUAAAGCAAGGUAGAAAACAAACCGAGGUCAGAUUGCAGAAUGCCCUUGCCCGGGUUAAAUCCAUGGUUCAAUAUCCGGAGGCUAGAGAUCAAUACCGAAGACUACUAAAUGUUGUCUCUGAAAUGCAGGAAACUAAGAAUAAUUACGAUAGGGUGCUCAGCAAUACAGGUGAAGUUGGUGAAGAUGAUGAUCUUAUUGACUUGGACGUGUUGUUGGACGAUGAUACUUUCAUGCCACUGGCACCUUGAAUGACGAUUCUGUUAUGUACAAUAGUUAUCAAGUGUUUCAAGUCAUCGCUCGCUCGCUCAAAGUGUGUAUAUACAUAACAUAUAAAUAUAAAUAUAAAUAUAUACCGAGUACGUGUGCUCAUAUAUACACCAUAUGUCAUCCCAUUGAACAAACAUCACCUUCACUUCACCUCACAUCCCAGGUCAUAACAUUUUUGUUUUGAGAAACUUGAAUGUCUAUGUGAUUGGCAACGUACGGAG